UUUGCAGAGAUCGGGGAGCGGUGGCGGCGGCUGCUGGGCAUUACAGGCGCUGACCCUUGACCUCGGGGCGCUCCCCCCAUUGCAGGCGCGAUGGCUACUGGCGCGGAUGUGCGGGACAUUCUAGAACUCGGGGGUCCGGAGGGGGAUGCAGCCUCCGGGACCAUCAGCAAGAAGGACAUUAUCAACCCGGACAAGAAAAAGUCCAAGAAGUCCUCCGAGACGCUGACUUUCAAGAGGCCGGAGGGCAUGCACCGGGAGGUCUACGCACUGCUAUACUCCGACAAGAAGGAUGCACCCCCACUGCUACCCAGUGACACCGGUCAAGGCUACCGCACAGUGAAGGCCAAGCUGGGCUCCAAGAAGGUACGGCCCUGGAAGUGGAUGCCAUUCACUAACCCAGCCCGCAAGGAUGGAGCGAUGUUCUUCCACUGGCGACGAGCAGCUGAGGAGGGCAAAGACUACCCCUUCGCCAGGUUCAAUAAGACGGUGCAGGUGCCCGUGUACUCAGAGCAGGAGUACCAGCUCUAUCUUCAUGACGACGCUUGGACUAAAGCAGAAACUGACCACCUCUUCGAUCUCAGCCGCCGCUUUGAUCUUCGUUUUGUGGUUAUCCAUGACCGGUAUGACCACCAGCAGUUCAAGAAGCGUUCUGUGGAGGACUUGAAGGAACGGUACUAUCACAUCUGUGCUAAGCUUGCCAAUGUGCGGGCUGUGCCAGGCACAGACCUUAAGAUACCAGUAUUUGAUGCUGGGCAUGAGCGACGGCGGAAGGAACAGCUGGAGCGCCUCUAUAACCGGACCCCGGAGCAGGUGGCAGAGGAGGAGUACUUGCUACAGGAGCUGCGCAAGAUCGAGGCCCGGAAGAAGGAGCGGGAGAAGCGCAGUCAGGACCUGCAGAAGCUGAUAACGGCGGCUGACACCACUGCAGAGCAACGGCGCACUGAACGCAAGGCCCCCAAGAAGAAGCUACCCCAGAAAAAGGAGGCCGAGAAGCCGGCUGUUCCUGAGACUGCAGGCAUCAAGUUUCCAGACUUCAAGUCUGCAGGUGUCACGCUGAGGAGCCAGCGGAUGAAGCUGCCAAGCUCUGUGGGGCAGAAGAAGAUCAAGGCCUUGGAACAGAUGCUGUUGGAGCUGGGUGUGGAACUGAGCCCCACACCCACGGAGGAGUUGGUGCACAUGUUCAAUGAGCUGCGGAGUGACCUGGUGCUGCUCUACGAGCUCAAGCAGGCCUGUGCCAACUGCGAGUAUGAGCUGCAGAUGCUGCGGCACCGUCACGAGGCACUGGCCCGGGCUGGCGUGCUGGGGGCCCCUGCCACACCAGCAUCAGGCCCGGCCCCGGCCUCUGCUGAGUCAGCGGUACCUGAAUCUGGUCUCACCCCUGACCUCACCAAGGACACCAUCAUUGAUGUGGUGGGUGCACCUCUCACGCCCAAUUCGAGGAAGCGACGGGAAUCGGCCUCCAGCUCCUCUUCUGUGAAGAAAGCCAAGAAGCCAUGAGGGACCACACCGGGUGUGGAUGCUGCUGCUGUGUAAAUAGAGCUGCUGAGUGGAC